CUUAAAUAACUGUAUUGCAUUUAGAAAUACACAAAUAGUACACUAAAGACUAUCCUGACAUUUCAAACAGGGUCGCGAUUAUCAGAUUAGAAAUGUAACAAAAAAAAAACUGUAGGUAAAAAAAGGUGCUUAAUCGAUGUCUCGGCGAUCCUGCACAAGUCCUCUUGAAGAACUACUGAAAUGAUUUUUAUGGAUGUUUCUCUUCUCCCUAGAUGGAUAAUGUGACAUCUAUUUAUUUAUUUAUUUUAAAAUUGUAUCCCUGUGAAAACUAAUGCCGUUAUGCUAGCUGGACAUGCAAAUAAAAUGAUGAAGAAAAAGAAACACAAGGAAGCUUGUUAAGCGGAACCUUACAAUACAGCUUUCGUUGCAGUCGACCGCUACGCUCUGUACGAAGCUAUUAUUGGCUACACACAUUUUAUAAUGCGUACGAUCACUCUGAUUGGCUAUCAAUGCGUGAGCUGUUCUUUGCGUGGAGUCUUCGUGUUAUAUCUGUGUAUUAGGAGGUUUUUUUUUAAAUUUUUUUAUUUAUUGUAUGUCAGUUAUUUAUCGAGUUUUUUGUUUUUGUUUUUGUUUUAAGCCAGCAACAUGUCUAUCCUAAACGCGCUAAGGAGUGACUCGUAUGUUGAUAUUAGCCAGUACCGAGACCAGCAUUUUAAGGGAAACCGGUAUGAACAGGAGAAACUACUGAAAAUGAGCUGCACGCUCUAUGUGGGGAAUCUGUCAUUUUAUACAACAGAAGAACAAGUUUAUGAACUGUUCUCCAAAAGUGGUGAUGUGAAACGAAUUGUCAUGGGUCUGGAUAAAGUCAAGAAGACUGCGUGUGGAUUCUGUUUUGUGGAAUACUAUACUCGUGCUGAUUCAGAGCAUGCUAUGAGGUUCAUUAAUGGCACAAGGUUGGAUGAUCGCAUAAUCAGGACAGACUGGGAUGCUGGCUUCAAAGAAGGCAGGCAGUAUGGCCGUGGCAAAUCUGGUGGCCAGGUUAGAGAUGAAUACAGACAAGAUUAUGAUCCUGCCAGAGGUGGAUAUGGAAAGAUCAUAAAGAAAUGAGUCAAAAGUAAAUGCUGUUUUUGUUUUAAUACAUUUUUAUUGUGUAACAUUUAAUCGCCAUCCUACAAAAGGGCUGAUGAAGUUAAGUAUUCCUUUUUGUUUCUACACAUUUUGAAAUAAACCUGAUCUAGACUUCAUACUUGGUUCAUGGAAGAGACCACAACAAACAUGCAAAACAAAUUAGAUUUAUCUUGCUUGUCUAAUUUAGCUGUCACAAUCCUGAAAUUCAGUUAUUUUUAUUUUUAUUUUUUAGUGGAUUUUGCUUUUCUUGGUAAAUGGGGCUUCCUAAAGUAUUGGCUGUUUAUUCUGGAACAUAACUAACUUGUAUAAACAAGUACUCCACAUACCUUUUAUAUUUGUUUCAACAGCCAGGAUUAUAAUUUGUAGAACAGUGUAAACAGCAGAAAAAAGAAUUGAAUCCAAAAGGAUUUGUAUUUAAAAUAAUAAUAAAUACAACAUUAUUACAUCAUCUCUAGAGAACCAAAGUCUUGCAGACUGAAGUUUAAGACUAGGCUGGUCAAAUACAAAAUAAAAUCCAACCUUGCAAAAUGCAGACCACCUAGAAAUCACUGGUGUACAGCUGCCUUGGACCAAAGCCUGCUGUACAGUAAGAAGAGACAAGGAUAACAACUGCUCCAAUAAACUCAAUGCAGUUUGCAUUUUCACUCAGUUAAUUAGAUGGUCCAUACUGCAUUUUAUUGCAAGUUUCUUUUUGAAAUAAUGAGAUACUGUGCAAUAUUAAUGUAUUACUUUGGUCAAAACCCAAUCAUCUGUAUAGAACAUUUUGGUUAGAGUUACAGGAAUACUUUAUACCCUCUGAAUUUAGUUAUGGUUAUUGUUCCAUGAUGUAUUCUUAAUUGUCUCUUUUUUUUUCUCAUGUACUCUGCAUGCUGAAUAAAGUUACCAGGAUAAUAAAAAAAAGACAGUAUAAAAAUG